CAGCCACUUCACAUGAUUGGGCAAUUUCACUUUUCUCUUCCCCUUUUGACGCAAACCCCGAGGGAUGGAGGGGUUGACCAAUUGGCGGGGUUUCUCCUCUGAUCUCUGGGAUGGCACAGAGGUAGUGGAAAUCUAACCCAGCUGCGGCUAAGCCAAGCGCACGGCCCAGGGGCCAGCAGUAGGGACGGCAGACGUGGACCCAAAGUCUCAGUUUCAGGGUGGCCACAGAGCUCCCCAAGAUGGAGUUCGAGAACAGAGAGGAGCAGGUUUUGCACGAACGCCUUUUCAGGCAUUUCAAAGAAAACAAGGUGGAGAUUGCGAGUGCAAUAACCAAGCUGUUUCCUUUCCUCAUGAGCCUCCAAGACCGCGCCUUCAUCUCCGAGCGGAUGUUUGACCAUCUUCAAGAAGCUUGUAGAAACCUGUUCCCCGUGAACGCAGUGGUAUAUACCGUCCUCAGUGACCUGGAGAAGACCUUCAGCCUGUCGCUUCUGAAUGAACUGUUCAGCAACACCAAUCUGACGGCCUACCCAGACUUAGUGGAGAUUUCCAGAAGCUUCCUAAAUGGUAACAAAAGCUCUCAGUGGUGGUGUUUGGGGUUCAAGUCCAGUCACCCAUCAUUCACUCUUGCUGAGGAACCAUGGCAUGGACACAACGGUGAAGACACCAACCUGACCUGUGUCCUCAUGGAGCUCACUCAGGCCCACACCACAGCUGUUUUCCGUGAGUGCCAGGCUCUCUGGAGUUGGAGUGGAGGCGAGGCUGAAACCACAGACAGACAGCAUCCAGGUGCCGGGGCAGUGCCCCAGAAAUCUUCUCUACAAAUGGAUGAAGGAAGAGAAUCAGAAGACAUGCCCAGGUUAUUACCUUAUGAUAGAGAAGAGCCCUGGGAUCCCCAAACUCCCCAGGAGACUCUCAGAGGAGGAGGAGGAGAACCACAGGAGGCUUUUCCUCCGCAAGCAGAGGGAGGCAACGCCUGUGUGGAUAUGCAUGGGGAAGAAGAACCACAGGAAGCCCCCUGCUCCUCCCCAGGACAUGCACCAGAGGGAAGCAAUGCCUGUGUGGAUAUAUGUGGGGAAGAGGAACCACAGGAAGCCCCCUGCUCCUCCCCAGGACAUGCACCAGAAGGUAACAGUUGCUGUUUCCAAAUGUCUGAUGAAGAAGAGGCCCAGGAAGGCUUGGGCUCACCCCCAGCGGGUGAGCCAGUAUCUGGUGAAUUAGAAGAUCGCCAAACGAAUAAAGAAGGAGAGUCAGAAGAGCUUACUUCCAACCUGCUCUGCUCUGAUGGACAAGACACAGAGCAACCAGCACAGGGAAAUAAGAAGUGUACCUGUGUCAUGUGUUUCUCAAGAGAUGUGCCAGGAGGCUCAGGAACAGGGGCGGACAGCAGCCAAGCGCAGGAUGCCACGGACACUGUGAAUAUUGGAAACCAAGCUACUUUAGGAAAACCCAAGAGCAAAAGAAGAAAAAAGAAAGGACAUAACUGAUCAAGAAUAAGAAGGAAAAGGCCACAAAACAUACUUCAAAAAGGCAACAGCACAGCUAAUGACCACAAGGCCUCCAGCAAAGAGGCAGUGACAAUGAAUCUGCCAGGCCCUGCCAGGAUCAGGGGUAGGACGAAAGUGGUAGCACCUUACCUCCGCAUUGCAGAGAGAAAGAGAGGCAGAUCUAGAAUCCACCUAACUCAGAAAGCUAGAGGCGCAUGGCAAAGAAGAUCAAGAGGUUCAAGAAAGGUCAGAAAUGAACCUGUGGAUUUUUGUGCUCCAUUACUUCCUGUGAGCUGUGGUGAGCUGAAAGGAAUUUUAUAUAAGGAGAAAUUGAAAAAAGGAAUCUCCAUAAAGUGUAUACAGAGUGAGACUGGAGACUGGCUCACACCUCGUGAAUUUGAAAUCAAAGGAGGCUACGCAAGAUCGAAGUACUGGAAACAGAGUGUGUACUGUGGCGGGCGGCCCCUGCUAUGGCUGCUGCAGGAAGGAUUUCUACCUCAUCCUCCAAGAAUAUAUCACAGGAAAAAAAAGCGCCCGGAGCAGGCCCAGCGGCUCGCCAGCGUGGAUCCAUGUAUGGGAAACUCGGAAGUGUGUGAGGUGUGUCGGCGUAGGGGACUGCUGUUCUGCUGUGACACUUGCUCCAGAGCCUUCCAUAGGGACUGUCACAUUCCACCAGCAAAGAUUGAGGAGAUCCCGUGGAGUUGCAUUUUCUGCAGGAUGGGCUCCUUAGACAGUCAAGAGAGUCAUCAGGAGUCUGAGAUCCUAGAGAGGCAGAUGCAGCCCGAGGAACAGUUGAAAUGUGAGUUCCUCCUCUUGAAGGUCUAUUGCUGUUCUGAGAGCUCCAUUUUUGCCAAGAAUCCACGCUAUUAUCGUAUGAGGGAGACUUGUCAAAGUCUGAAGGAACCUAUGUGGUUAGACAAAAUCAAGAAAAGGCUGAAUAAACAGGGUUACUCCCAAGUGAAGGGGUUUGUGCAGGACAUACGCCUCAUCUUUCAGAACCACAGGGCCUCAUACAAGUACCGUGAGUGUGGCCAAAUGGGAAUUAGACUGGAGACUGAAUUCGAGAAGAAUUUGAAGGGACUGUUCACUAUUCAGGAAACAAAUGAAAAUAGUUGACUGGUGCAGUAACUGCUCUUGGUGUUCUGGUGCAAUUUAUUUUUCUGGCAAGAUCUCCCACCCUCUGCUGCAGUGAACACCGUUUACUAAGUCUAGCAUCCCUGUACCAAAGAAAGCCAGCUUCAGCCGGGGUGGCACCUCCCAGCCUGAGAGCUGGUUCCCUUGCCUUAAGGUAGAACCAGGGACACCGUGGCUACUGAUCCCACGGAACCAGGCUGAAACUAGUUUCCAGCUGACCUCACCUUUCUCGCUUUGUUAUGUUGCUUCCCUCGCUCCUCUUCUGAGAGAGCUUCACAAUAAACCAAUACCUUAAGAUA